CUCUCUCUCUCUCCCUCUCUCUCUCUCUGGCCUGCUGACGUCAUCGGGCUGCUCCGCUUCCUGCCGAGUCUCCAGCGGACGCACACACACACACUCACACACACACACACACACACUCUCAUAUACAGAAAAAACACACUCGCACGCAGGGAACACACACUCGGCGGACACACACAGUCUCCAGCAGCUCCAGAGGAGACGCGGACGUGUCGGGUGGAGAGGUGUUGAGGUUCUCACUCAACAGGACGGCUGACAUCAUGGUGAACAUCCCAGAUUACUUUGCAGGGAAAAAUGUGCUGAUCACUGGAGCAACUGGCUUCAUUGGCAAGGUGCUGCUGGAGAAGCUGCUGAGGUCAUGCCCAGAGGUCAAAACUGUGUUUGUGAUGGUCAGGUCAAAAGCUGGCCAGUGUCCCAAGGACCGCAUCGCUGACAUGAUCAACUGCAAGUUGUUUGAAAGGUUACAAGACGAGCAGCCGGACUUUGCAGUGAAGAUCGUUGCGGUGAACAGUGACCUCACGCUGCCGGAGCUGGAUCUGAGUAAAGAGGAUCAGAGCAUCCUGGCUGAAAACGUCAACGUCGUCUUCCACUGUGCCGCCACCAUCCGCUUUAAUGAGCCGCUCAAAGAUGCGAUGCAGCUGAACGUCCUGGCCACACAGAAGAUGCUGGCACUGGCCCACAGGAUGAAGCAGCUGGAGGUCUUCCUCCACAUCUCCACAGCGUACGCCAACUGUGACCAAGAACUCAUCGAAGAAGUCGUCUACUCUCCACCCGUCGACUACCGGAGACUCAUCGAUACUCUGGACUGGAUGGACGAUGAACUGGUUUCCGCGCUGACUCCCAAGCUGAUUGGAGAACGUCCCAACACUUACACCUACACCAAAGCCUUGGCUGAGUAUCUGGUGCAGCAGGAGGCCGGAGACAUAAACGUAGCCAUUGUCAGACCCUCCAUAGUCGGAGCCAGCUGGAAAGAACCUUUUCCAGGUUGGAUUGAUAACUUCAAUGGACCCAGUGGAAUAUUCAUCGCUGCUGGUAAAGGGAUCCUGCGUACGAUGAGGGCGUCUAACGAUGCUGUGGCCGAUCUGGUGCCGGUGGACGUGGUCAUCAACGCCACGCUGGCUGCAGCUUGGUUCUCCGGAUCACAAAGGUGCAACAGGCCUAAAAACAUCAUGGUGUACAACUGCACAACUGGUGGGAUCAACCCGUUUCACUGGGGGGAAGUCGGUAAGACGUCAUGUUUAUCUUCCCUAAACAAAGUCUCUGUAAAAAAAGCCCCUCGAGAGUGGAAACGGUGUCCGAUGACAUAACCUGAACGUCAUGUG